AUGAUGUCGCACUGCCCGCUCUCCCUCUUUAGACAGAAAACAGCAGGCCUCCUGCCUCAAUCUUCGAGACACGCGUCGGUGGUUCCCAUAGACAGCCCACCCCAUGAGUUCCUUGAUCCGUCUGCCGGCCCCCGACCCAUCCUGUCUUAUGUGCCUGGCAGCACCGAAACCCUGGUGGUCUCUGAUAUGAACCGCGGCGCCGGCAAGCAGCAGCAGGGCAACGUUGAACUCUCGGAGCUCCUCAACGGCGUACAUGAGGGCCGUCCACCCAAGCCUCCGGUCCUGGACAUCCAGGUCGAUCGGCGCCUGGAGCAAGAUGUCGAGCAUGGUAGGGUCUGGGCUCCUCGCGGCCCGCAUCAGCGCCGUACAGCCGUCUACGUUCCGCAGGUCGAGGAAGGCGUCCAUCAUGUCGUUGUAUGGGAAGUGACUUCUCUCAGCGAGUGUUUCGGCUCAGGAAAUACUAUAGACGGAGACACUACCUCGCAUCCCGUUUUGCAUCGCGACGUGCAGAAGACCGCGGCUGACGCGGUGUCCUCCCUGCGCGGCUAUCAGGACCUCUCCUCUCGCGCAGUUGUGCCUCUUGGACAGCCGUUCCACUGUAUCCUUGAGCUGUUCGAGGAGGGCAUCGUCAGAGGCGAAAUUACGUAG